AUGUCCACGCUUUUGAGGACGCUGCGGAAUCUCCGUCGAGCUGGCCUCAAGGAAUAUGGCCACCAACUCCAGAAUAUUGGUGAUACCAAGGCCGGCACGCUGAUCGGAAUGGACCGAUACGGCAACAAAUACUACGAGAACUUGGAGGAGCUUCCCCUGAGAACACGAUGGGUCGACUACAAGGACAAGGAAUAUGAUCCUUCUCAGAUUGAGCCCGGAUGGCACGCAUGGAUGUCGUACAUGGUCGACAAGCCGCCGCCUGCGGACCCCAUCCUGCAGGGGCGCAUCCGCGAGUGGGAGCCAAGGGAGCACCGGCCGACGUUGACGUGGAGCCGAUCUGGGUUUAAGACGUACAGCACGACGAAGAACAAGUACUUCCCUUGGACGCCUGUGGCUAAGCCUCGCCAGUAA